AUGUAUAAACUCAUCAGUCUAAAGCGCACUUGCAGAAUUAUCAAUAAAAUCAUCCCGGACUGCUUUGAUUUACCGCUCGAGCGCUGCGGAAACAACAUCCAAUCUACGCAGACAAUACUUCGAAGAGCGGGUGUGCCGUGUACCGGUUUUGAGCAGCAUAUCGAUGUCGAACUUUUUCAAAAAAUUCGCAAUUCGACAUUCUGUAAGCUGCAACUGUUUAAGGACCGACAAAUGGCAAAAUCAUAA